AUGAAGCAUAUCCUCACACCCCAAGAGCAUGAGCACUAUCCGAACCUUCAUAAAUUUUGGACUCGAACCGGCGCCUCUUGCAACGGGAAAACUCGCAUUCAUCAUGUCGAGUUUCAUCCAGAUGGCCCUCGCUAUACUCGUAAUAUCCAACUCGGCGACCCCGACACAGACGCAACGCAAGUCUUCAUCAUUGAGCAGGCCGACAUCGCAACACUGCGGUACUUUUGGGACUCAUACGUGACCGAAAAGCACUCUUUCCUGCAGUGCCUCGAUGAUUUCUUCCACGACCAUCCGUCAUUCAACUUUACCGACAUACGGCCCAAAAUACUGCAAACCCCGUCCGUACUCGCAAAGCAAAACCACCUAACCUUUAAUUAUGUGCUCGCCCGGCAGUUUGACAAGCCUAUGCGUCUGGACUAUGGCAUGAUCCAAAAAGCGGCCAAGGAUUUCGGGACGUGGCGGGACGACCGGGACUUUGGUCCGAUGAACCCGGUUCAGCGGCGCGAACUCGGUGGAGAGCAGACCGCUUUUCCGCCUCUGGCCCUUACGCGUACUUCGGCCACGGCGUGGUUCGACAGCCGCCACGAUCGGCCAUGGAGAACUGGUCUUAUUUUCCUCGACAGGCAUCCAAAGUUUUGGGGCCUGCCGUGCCAGCUGCAGGUGCCGUUUGCCAUCAUCAACGGCCGAUACUACGGAACCAUUCACACCCGCUCGCCGGCUGACCUUUUACUCGCUUGCAUGCAGCAAAACGGCACCCUCAACGCCACCGCCGUGCCGCCGCCGCUAGUCGUCGUGGAGGACUUGUACCGGCUGGUCACCCACGAGUGGGCUCACCUGGCGGCCUACUUUACGCGGGACCUCAACGCCAUUGAGUGGGCGCUGCAGCGCGGGGGCGGCGACAAAGGCGACGUCGAGCACCUGCGCCGCGCCAUGCGUGACCUCUUCUUCGCCCGUCGGCGCAUGGCGCACUACUGCGCCCUCAUCCAACACACCGCGCACUCAGCCGCCAUCCAGGGACGGCCGGUCUGGUGCACGGCGCUCAACGCGACCGAGGCCCAGUGGCACGCGACGGGCGCGACGGCAGCCGACUUACAGCGGGAUCUCGCCGCGCUCGAGCACGUAAUGACGCAAAUGCAUCUGCGCCUGCAGAGUACCAUGACACAUAUCACAGCCGAGACAACGGUCAUGGAGGCCGACCGCGCGCGCGUGCAGAACAAGAUUCUGCUCCUCCUCGCCGUCAUUGGCACCAUCUUCCUGCCCGUCUCGUCGCUGGCGGCUGUCUUUAGCAUGGGCGGCGACUGGGCCGCCGGGGGCAGCAACUUUGGCUGGUUCUGGGCCAUUUGUGGUCCGGUCGAGGUUGUGCUUCUGGGUCUGCUGCUUGGUGUAAGUUAUUGGGACAUCAUCUCUAGUCCGUAA